AUGUCUCUCAUAAGCCGUAUUUUUCCAUCACUCGCACAAGAUUUUAAUCGUUCACUUUUUGAACUUGAACCAUUUUUCUUGCAAUCCUCACGCGCUGCAAGAUUUCCUAAUUUUCCUACUGCCUCCUCGGUUUUAAACGGUUAUAUUCAUCCGUCUGUUGAUGUUUCUGAAACUGAUAAAAAUUACAUCAUAGAAGCCGAGAUUGAAAAAUCUAAUGUUCGUGGCGACGAUCAAUUAAGAACUGUUGAUACGACGCAGUCUGGUGAAACAAAAGCUGCUACGACUAGUGAAGUAGUCGAAAGUGGUCGAGAAGGGACAUCCAUCGCAGAACCUACGUAUUGGACUAGUGAAAGAGUUUUAGGAAGCUUUCAACGUUCUUUUACACUUCCUAAUAAUGCUGAUAAAGAAAAUGUUAAAGCUCAAUAUAAAGAUGGAAUUUUAUCUAUUCUUAUUCCUAAAGUCGAACGUCAAAGUCAAAAGAUUACUAUUGAAUAA